GACAGUUUUCUCUAUUGCUCAGUUUCUUCACAAUUCAUUAAUUUUUCUUCCUCAUAACUUUUGCAUUAUUUACCCGCAUAUAUAAAAAAUAAAACGAGAGUAAAUAUUAAUUAACAAAUACGAAACUUAAGUAGCAGUGAGUGCGUCAAACAACAAGAUAAUGCAAUGUUCUAAGUCGUAAUCGUAACACGGAUACGGGCAGUGCUGUUUUCCGGAUAAUCGCAUAUAGUGUAAAAAUAUUAAAUUUCUAAUGACUUCAGCGUGAAUCCUCAGUCAAGUAAGUGCGCACAAACGAUUUCGUUGAAUAUCCCGAAUCGGAGAUGGACGACCUGGAGAGCCUCUAUUUCGACACAAUCUCGCUGGCCGACUCUGAGGCUGCAGCCGCCGUCGCUGCCGCACACCGCAAAUCACUCUCCCAAUCACGCAACACCAUCUACCACUCGGCCGUGGACCUAGCCGGCGAAGAUACACCGUCAAAGCGCCGCAGUUUGCGCUCAGAAAACGGCAGCAGCCGCAGCAAUGCCUCAGUGGCGGCAGCGGCGGCGGCGGCAAUGAACAAUCCGAACAGCCGCUUGCCAUACAAUCUGAAUUAUCGUCACUCAUCCGCUUUGGAGCACUACAACAAUAGCGCGAGCAAUGCGAAUGGCAACAAUGGACCUGGCCUGAGCGCUGGCGACCAAGCGGAUGCGGCUAUUGCGGCCCAAGUCAUGGCGAUGCACAACGGACGCACGCCAGCGUACGGCAACAGCAUCAGCCACAACAACAGCGCCGGCGGUAAAAGCAACAGCACGCCGCAACUGAAUGCCGAUGAGGUCUCUAAGCGUCUCUUACAAAGUAGUACAAAUACUAGUAAAGAUAAGAAAUUGCCAAUUACGUACUCCCAGUGGAAAUUUAGGACACGUCGACGCUUCCAAGAUGGCAAACGCAGUGUGGAUUUCGUCUUGGCCUAUAUCGGCGAUGAUGAUUAUAUACCCGAAAAUAGGCGAAAACGCGAAAUAUUCGAAACGAAUCUAAUCAAAGAGGGGCUGCAUUUGGAGCAUGACAAUACGCAGCGCAUACAUUUCAUCAAAAUACAUGCGCCACUCGAGGUGCUCUGCCGUUAUGCAGAAAUACUGAAGAUCAAAUUGCCAAUGAAGAAGAUACCGGGGCAGGAGCUUAUAGAAGAAGAUGAUUUUCGUAUCAAAAACGUUCUUACCACCACCUGCAGCCGCAUCUUUAGUUGGCUAAGAGUCAGCGCGGAGCGUCCAUAUCGCAUACACUUUGAGUUCUCCCGCAAUUAUGAGCAUUUAUUCGACUGGGAGCAACCGAAUUUCUUCGAUGCUGGCGUGCGCAACUCCAUCAUCAGCUUCAUAUUGGAGCGUCAGCAUUUCGUCGAAGGCGAGGAGACACCUGAUAAUUUGGGUAUUGAGAAGUUAUUGGAGGAUCGCGUCUAUCACAGUGCAUACCCACUGCAUGAUGAUACGGAUCGUGACUUCCUGCUACAAGAAUGGGCCACACUCAGCAAGUGGAUACACCUGCAGCCAUUGGACAGCAUAAAAGAGUAUUUUGGUGCGAAAGUUGCCUUAUAUUUUGCCUGGUUGGGUUUCUACACACACAUGCUAAUACCUGUCAGUGUGUUGGGCAUAUUAUGUUUCAUUUAUGGCAUUGUAACGUGGAGUAGUGAUCCCAUAAGUCGCCAAAUUUGCAACGAUAACCAAACGACACUCAUGUGCCCACAAUGUGAUCGCAAUUGUGACUACUGGCUCUUGGAGAAGACUUGUAACUCAUCGAAGAUGAAUUAUCUGAUAGAUAAUAACAUAACGGUGGUGUUUGCCUCCAUAAUGGCGCUUUGGGCUGUAGUCUAUCUGGAGCUCUGGAAGCGCUAUUCUGCCACUUUAGUGCAUCGUUGGGGUUUGACCACCUUCUCAAAGCACGUUGAACAUCCGCGUCCACAAUAUUUAUCAAAACUGCAAAAGCACAAAGAUAUCACAGAGCGUUGGAAGAAAAGCAAUAAUAUACUGGAACCCGAUGUGCCAUUUUGGCGCAUAAAAUUCCUGCCCAGCUUUACGAGCUACAGCAUUAUGGUCUUAUUUAUCUGCGUCUCACUCAUCGCCAUCUUCUCCAUGAUAGUCUAUCGCAUGGCACAGAAAGCAUCGCACAGCAUUUUGGGCAGUGAUAAUUCAAUGACCUACAAAAUAAUGGUGCUUCCCAUGACCGCCGGUAUCAUCGAUCUAAUCGUUAUCUCCAUGCUCGAUUAUGUCUACACUUCGCUGGCCGUUUAUCUCACGAAUAUGGAAUAUUGUCGCACUCAAACGCAAUAUGAUGAAAGUCUGACAGUCAAAAAUUAUAUCUUUCAAUUUGUCAACUACUAUUCCUCGCUAUUUUAUAUCGCCUUCUUGAAGGGCAAAUUCGUUGGUUAUCCUGCCAAAUAUAAUCGCAUCUUGGGCUUCCGACAGGAAGAAUGCAAUCCCGGCGGCUGUUUGAUGGAGCUUUGCAUGCAGCUGGUGAUCAUUAUGGUCGGCAAGCAGGCGGUCAAUGCCAUCGUUGAGAUGCUCUUUCCAUAUAUCAUGCGUUGCAUACGCAAGCUCUCUGCGCGUAUGGGCAUGCGCAAAGUCGAAAGCGAAGAGAAACUGAUAUCGUGCAAUCAGUGGACUGAAGAUUAUCACCUAGAACCAUCGAAUACGAACUCACUAUUCUCGGAGUAUUUGGAGAUGGUUCUGCAAUUUGGCUUCAUCACACUUUUCGGCUUGGCCUUCCCGUUAGCGCCGCUGUUAGCCUUAAUUAAUAACGUCAUAGAAGUGCGUUUAGAUGCCAUAAAAAUGCUUAGGCUCAUAAGACGUCCGGUGGCGCAGCGCGCCAGCAAUAUUGGCGUGUGGUACAACAUGAUGGCGAUCGUGGCGCGCAUUGCCGUUGCUUCAAGCGCUAUGAUCAUUGCAUUUUCCACAAAUCUCAUACCGAAACUGGUCUACACAACUGCCACAAAUGACGCAUCCUUAGAGGGUUAUUUGAAUUUUACGUUGGCGUACUUCAACACAGAGGACUUCCAGGUACAACCAGUGCUGCGGGGGAGCAUCUAUGAGAAUGUAACCUCCUGUCGUUAUACUGAAUUCCGCAAUUCUCCUUGGGAUGAACAACCAUAUAAGCGCCCCACAUAUUAUUGGAAAAUCCUUACGGGGCGUCUGGCGUUUAUCGUAAUUUUUCAGAACGUCAUCGGCAUGAUACAGGGCAUAAUCGCCUGGGCCAUCGCCGAUGAGCCGAGCAAACUGCGCAAGCGUAUCGAACGCGAAGGUUUCCUGCUGCGCGAACACAUUAUCGAGUAUGAAAAGAAAACGGCAGCCGAAAAGGCAGCAGCGCGUCGUGCCAUAGACGAAGCGCAAUACGAAGACGAGAAAUUGGAUUACUACGCGAACAACAAGGAGACGACGACGGCACAGCCGCAGACGGUGCAACGCGAUUAUGGCGACAAUGAUAAUGUCGUUUAUAGAAAUGAGCGCACAACGCCGCUGUAGAACAACGAUUUGCUAACUGUAAUAUACGCUAUAAAUAGUUUUACUUUGUAAGCCAAUGGCGAACGAAAUGCUUCUGCAUAACUGCUUUAUACAUUGUAUACGGUAUAACAUGGGUUAUGUAACGGCUAUAAUUAACAUAUAUAGAGGUGAUUGCGCAAGCACAAGAGCAAAAACAAAAGCAAAAGCAAAAAGUAGUUAGAAAAUAUGUUUGUAGGUGGUUUGUAGAUUUUUUAAUAGAAUUUUAUUUUUUCUGAACGCAUUUCGAAUAUUUCUAGACUGCAAUAAGAAUGCCGCAUGCACACACAUAUAUACAUACUGUUUACUUAUUUGAGCGUGUGUGUGUGUGAAUUUGUUGAAUUGAAAUAACGAUAUUGUUAGGUACUUAAAGUGUUUUAAGCUGCGACAUCACCGUUGUUGUGCAUGUAACUGUUAUCUAUGUAAAUAUAAAAUUAAAUUUUUAGUAAAAAACUGCUAAUUAGCAAACAAAAACAAAAACAAACCAGUGAAAUAGUAACAAAAAACUGCUCAAGAAAUAUUCAUAAAUUUUUCAUAGUAAUUUGUAAUAUUCAAGGAAAAAUUACAUACACACACAUAUAUACACAAAUGUGUAUGUAAGCAAGUAGGCUAUAUAAAGCAGCUAUUGCAUAGCAAAAGCAAUAAAAACAUUUAAUUUUAACGCAAAACCUGAACGCAUACGUCAAAACAUUUGUUAAUUAAUUGUAAAAUGGAAAAAUUGAUUUCUUUUUUAUCCGAUUCGUUGCAUUUUCAGCCACAUUUGCCUUAAAGUACGUGCAUAAAUGUAAAAAUUUAUAUAAAUAUUUCAUAUGUUUAUAAAGCAAACAGUUUGUAAUUGAGUCAAAACGCGCCACAGGUACACACGUACACACGUACACGAAUAUAUAAAUAUUUAUAUGUUUAUACCAGCAGAUGUGUGUCCAUUUUUCGUAGCAAUAGUACUGAGUAAAGGCUAAAAAAGCAUUAAUAAAUCACAAUUUGAAUAGAUUAACACAUUUUAAUACAAAAUGCUAUUUUAAAUUAGUAGACAAUUAAAUACUAAAAAUAGUAGCAGUUUUUAACGAAAUUAAUUCAACGCCAGCCAAACAAAUAAAUUAUAAAAUAUAAUAAUAGUAAAACUUAAUAAAAAUCAUUACAUAUAUACAUUUAUACUCACUCAAGCUGAAAGCAAGCAGUCACAAAUAUUUACAUAUGCAUUAGGGUGCGUAAAAAAAAGUAUUUUGAAUUUAUGGCUUAAAACUAACAUAUUUAUGUACAGAAAAAAAAAUAUCCGUGCAGGGCAGGUUUUUGUUUAGCUUAAUGAGGUAUUCUAGUCCAGUGGCGCGAAUUUCGAGCGUUUUUGGGCAAUUGAUAAAAAAAAAUUAUUUGAUAGUAUGUUUUCUAUCAAUUUUUUUAAUGGUAAAAAAAGCAUUUGGUAUUUGUGCUAUCCAAAUUUUUUCAUUUGUUUAUUUAUAUUUGAAAAGUACAGAAAAUUUAUUAAAAAAUAAAUAAAUUUAAGUUAUCUUUGCUUGAAGUAAAUGACGGAAAAAAGAGGCCGUGUUCUCCUCGCCAUGAUUUCACCCCUUGUGGUCAUCUGAAAAGAAAAACAAUGAUGGAUUCUCGAUACAAAUGAUGCUAUACUAAGAUUUAUCGACCUAAACGGUAUUAAAUCUCCGGAAUAACAGUCCGUGGCCGAAUAAAAUCUGGGUCAUCGGUAACGUAGAAUCAGCUGUUUUGGGAAUUGCUAUCUCAAAAUGCUGAAAAAUUGAUAUUUUUAAUAAAAUGUCAACUACUCAAAAAUAAAGAUCAUUAUUUUGACAACUUUUUGAAUUUGUCAAAAUUUCAAUUCAUAAUUUUUUAUUGCUAAAUAUGUGGUAAAAAAGAUUCAUGCCAUAUUUCAAACAAAUCGUCUUAUUAGAACUUGAAAUAUUGUGGCAACUGCAACCAGAUAAAUAGAAAAGAGUAGAGAAAAACGCAUUUAAAGUUUGCCACGCCACUAAAACCGCUGUAACUUCAGAAAUAAUUUGAGUUUUGAAAAAUCCUUUUAAGGAGAUAUUUUUUAAUAUCUGAACUGUCGUUCCAUGAAAAAAAUAAAUUUCCGAUUUCUUCAAAUUUCUGUUCUAGAAUAGCCCCUUAAUUUUAUCAGGUGUCAUAACUUUGUCGAAAAUGCCUUUUUGAACCGUUUAAGAUCAAUUUUGUUACAUCGCGGUUAUUGUAGAGCAUAAAAUUUCCGAAGAAAACCACCUUUGUCGAUUUUUUUUUUCAAAAGAAUAAUAGAAAUUUUAUAAACAUCGUUAAAGCUUCGAAAAAAUUCAAGUACAAAGUUUAUGAAAACAAAAUCACAUUAACAAAAACCAAAGUUGGCAUGAUUUGUUCAAAAGAUAUCAGUGAUUUUAUCAUAAAAAGUUGGAUAGAAUCUUUGAGCUGCUGGAGUUAUCACCGGAGUUUUUAAAUACUGAACCGGAACAUUUCACAAAAGAGAACAAAUAUAUGUAUAUGUAAGAACUUAUUGUAUUUUUAUUUUUUUCUUUCGGUAUUUCAGAACUGUUUUAUUUCAACCUAGGUUUCUUUGUUAAAUAUAAACAUUUUAAGCAAAAAAAUAAACACGAAAAUUGCAUUUUUUGAAUUUUUUAAUUUUGAAAAAAUUUUUAUGACACUUUUUGUGUUUCUUUAUUUUUAUUUUUUUUUUAUUUUAAUAAAAAAAAUCAUAUAAAGAAAAUUUUUUUCAUUUAUUUUUUUACACUCUUUUGUUUUUUUUUUUUAAUUUUCAAUUUUUUUUUGCAAUUUUUAAGUUUUUCUUAAUAUAAAAAAUCAUCUGAAGUACAAUAUACAUAUGUAUUUUGAAUUUUCAAAAAAUGUUGACAUUUUUUUUAUUUUAUUAUUAUUUUUUGUUUUUGUUUUUUUUUUAUUUUUUUUUUGUUUUUUUUUAUUUUAAUUUUUUUUUACACUGGUUUUAAUUUUUUUUAAUAAAUAUUUUUAAAUAUUUUUUGCUUAUUUUAAAAUUUUCAAUUUUCAAUAUUAUUUUUGACACUUGUUUUUUUUCGAGUAUAAAAACUCAUCCGAAGUAUAUUUUUUUUUACAAAAUUUCAUUCUCUACACGAAUUCGCGAUAAAGAAAAUUUUCGUCUAAACGUUUCAAACAAUAUGACAUCAUUAAUAAAAACAAAAUUUGUACAUACAUAUUUUUUAUAAAAAUAUGAGAAACUCUGAUGGCGAUGAGCAAUCUUUGAAAAUUCAACCUAAAAUCCUGCCUUUCAGCGAAUUCUUUUCUCUAUAUAUACAUAUAUAUAUAAAUUACAUAAAUUCGUUAUUAAUUUUUAUUUAUUUUUUUUUUUAACCACCCUAAUAUACAUAAAUACAAAAUGCAUACAAACAACUCGUGUACCUAUCAAAUUGCACUUCUCUUUCAAUGUUAACAAAACUAACCUAUUCGCAUACAACUACAACUACAACACUAAGAGCAUUAUUUACCAGAUUCUAUCUAUAUAUUAUAUAUCUGUACACAUACAUAUACACACAUAUGUAUGUAUGUGUGCAUACUCGUUAUGUAAUUAUGCUAUUAUGAAAUAUGUACUGUUAAAUGUCUGAAAAUUAUUUACGAACUUUUGUAUAUUUUAUAUGAGAUUUUAUUAUUAUGUGUGGAAAGCGUAAAUAUGUUCUAAAUAUAUAUAUAUACAUUAUGUAUUAUAUAUGUACAUACAUACCUAUGUUUCUAUUUACACAACACAUUUUCCUCUACUCAUAGGUACAUAUGUACGCAUGUAAAUAAACACACAAACAAGUGAUUGAAUGCAUUUGCAUUAUUCGCCGAUAUUCUUUAAGUGGCAUCACAUAUUAAACGCAAGUAAUACAAUCCAAACAGUACCUUAUAUGUACAUGUACAUUAUGUAUUGUAUGUAUGCAAGUACAUAUGUAUAAAUAAAUGAAAAUAAACUUAUAAGAAAAAGCA